AUGAUUUUUUAUAAAUGUAAAAGAGGAAUACAGUUUUCAUUUGCUCUUAAACUUCUCAUUACUGCAAGUUUCUCUAAUGACAUUUAUUUGAUAGUCAUAUCCUCGGUGAAUAUAUUUACAAUAUUAUUGAUAUUGAAUAAGAAAUAUACACCAAUUUGGAAAUAUUUCAGAAUUAUUUUGCUUUUAGAAUUGUGCUUUAAUGAUUAACCUUUUGGACCUGCUAUUGUGGCAUCAAUCAAAUACAACAUUAAAUACAAGAUCAUAAUCUUGUCUUAUUAUUUAUUGAGAGCAAGUUUAUUUUUUUUUCAUACCUUCAAGAUUAUUGAUUGGAUUUACUUAGGAAUCCUUUUUGUUGGUUUUAACACAUACUUUUACAUGCAUGAUCUAAAGUAAACAGACAGUAAAAUAAAUUCAUAAUCUCAAAGGAAGCUCACUUAAUUUGACAUUCCUUCUCAAAACGAUUCUAAUGAAGUUAUUGAUUUCUUAAAUUAUAUUCCUCUAGGAAUAUGUUAAUUAGAUAGCAAUUACAAUCUAGUGAAUUCUAAUCACAAAACCAAAAAAUAUUGUUCCAAUAUCAAAGAGGAUACUUUAUAGUAAUAAUUGUUUUUGAUGAUACAAAGAGCCUGGAUUCAAUAGUAAUCGAUGCCCAGUGCCCUAAGGUUUGAAAGAAGGUCUUUAUUCAAUUCUUCCGAAGAUUAUGGAUCUGAUUUUCAAUUAAAAAGAAUGCAAUCUUGUAGUUAAAGUAGAAAAAAAGCAAUUUCUUUUACCUCCUGUCGACAAUAUAACAAUCCCGUGGAUAUUGUCUAAAUCAUCAAUAAAUACAAAUCAAAAGGUAUUUCUGGAAGUAUCAAUCUCAACUCUCUUAAGUAUAGAGAUUAAACUACUUUCAAAACGUAUGAGAUUAAGAUAUACGAAGUAUCAAAAGGAUUAUUGAUAAUGAUUAAAAACAUAACAAAAAAGGAGAAAUAAAUUGAUAUGAAAGAGAGAUAUCAUUUCCAAUAAAUGCUCAUCAAUUCCUUUUCACAUGAAUUACGCACUCCUUUAAAUUGUUCUCUCUCUCUGUUACAAACAUUAGAACAACAAAUUAAGUCAGAAUUGAAUGAUACAUAUUUAAAACCUGCAAUUAUCUCAAAUAAAAAAUUGUUGCACCAGAUUAACGACAUAUUGGAUUUUGCUAAUUUUGAAGUUUAAACCUUCAAACUAAGACCCACCAUUUUCAAAUUGUCUAAUCUAAUAUAGACGAUUGAAGAUUAUUUUAAAGCGGAAUGCGAAUAAAAGAAAAUCGAUUUUGUCAUUUAAUCUUGCGAAGAUGCUUUCAUCAGAAGUGAUUAUGAUAGAAUAUUACAAAUUUUAGUUAACUUAUUGAACAACUCUGUUAAAUAUACAAAACAAGAAGGAAUCAUUUAAUUGAAUGUCAAAAGAGUAGGAUCAUUGUAUCAAUUCGAAGUCUUUGAUACAGGAUGUGGUAUUUCAAAUGAGAAACUAUUUUUAAUUAAUAAAAUUCUGUAAAACUAAGAAGUUGAUAUUGCAAGAAGAGGCGAAGAAGAUUAUAUUUAAUAUGUGGGUUUGGGUCUAAAAGUGUCAAGUCAGAUUGCUAGAUAACUUUGCGAUAGAGGUGAAUUGAAUAUAACAAGUUAAUUGAAUCAAUUUACAAACAAUAGAUUCGUUGUAAAAGAUUUGUAAUCUUAUGAUGAAGCAUUAAUAAUACCAACAGAUGAAUGCAUUUAAGAACCAUACAAAAGCAAGGUUAAAACUAAAUGUAAUUGUCUAAAUGUACUUAUUGUUGAUGACAUCCCCUUCAAUCAUUUAGCAUUCAUUACUGUAUUGAAAUACUUCAAUGUAAAAAGUGACAGUGCCUAUGAUGGACAAAUGGCCAUUGAAAUGGUUAAGAAUAGAUUCAAAAAUUGCAAAUGCACUUAUAAAUUGAUUUUCAUGGACAUUGACAUGCCUGGUAUAGAUGGAUAUUAGACAACUUAAGAAAUUUAGUAAUUUUUAGAAUAGAAUGACAUGAGUUCAACUAUCAUUAUGUGCAGUGCAUUUGAUAGUAAAGAUAACAUUGAUAUUGCUUAUAAAAGUGGCAUGAAGGAUAUCCUACCAAAACCAAUAGAAACUAGUCGACUCAAAAAAAUACUAUAUAAAUAUUAUUUUUGA